AUGGCCAGCCCAGAGACGCCAAUCUCCGCAGAGGUCGGCAGCGAGGCCGUGCCCUCGACGAAGAGGCGUCAGCACUCGGUAGGUUGAGAACAUCCGUUGCCCCAAUGUUUCAAUCUGGAACGUGCAUGCCAUUGUGUUUCGUUGCAUGCAUCAGGAUAUCGUGUGGCAAAGAUCGUGGUCGAGUUCAGGGGGCCGCCAUCGAAUGAUAUGGACAUCGAUGGUACACCAAUUGGAACCCGUUCCCGAACGAACGAACAAAUCUUUUUCUCUCCACUGCUCUCACUGCACUGCAGAUAUCGUGAGCGAGGAGCCCCGUGAGGCGACGGGCGUGAGUCGCGUGACGAGCGCUGCUAGCAAGAAGAAUUCGAAGAGCUCGAAAGGUGUGGGAGGAGAAUGAUGGUCGACAGGGUCGGGACCUUGACAGUAAUAUAUACAUUGGAGCACAGCCAUUGUCGCCCCACCGGAUGCAGCCAUUGUCGCCCAACACACUACACGGGAUACUACCAUGCACCACGUGAGAGAGAUUAUACACACACACUCAUACACACCAAAGCACAUGACGGGAUCCAUCACGUCGCGUGUGUCUCUGUCCGUCUCUCUGUGCAGCAGAGGCUUGGGAAUCGCGAGGUCAGAGCUGAGCUGACCGCCCAGAGUGUGGGAGUCCACCGCCGCCAGAGUAUAUACGGACCACCGGGAGACCGCAGACCUGAACACUUGACCAUUCCACACACUGCAGGCGAACCAUUUGCAGCGGUGAGCAGAAGUCUCCCUCAUCGACCUAUGGCAGUGUAUGUGUGUGUGUGUUUGUGUUUGUGUCCCUGUCUGCAGUUGAGUCAGCAUGGUUGUGGUUAUGGCUAUGGCAGCACCAGCCUCGCCACACGGGUAAAUAAGUUGCCUACACAAGACGACCGAUGUUAGCUGACACGACCAACAGCUGUCUUCCGCAAUUGGCCUUCCGUGUCUCAUUUACAGGAGCCGUUGAAGCUCCCCGACCCUCUCUUUGGACCUCCCGCAUAG